UAUUAACUAACGCUAUAGCUGUUUUAAAUUUAUUCUGAUUAAUUCUAAUAUUUCGAAUAUAUAUUAAUCAAAAUGAGUUUAGCAAUAAGUUGCUGCAAAUUGAUAAACACAAAAAUAAAUAAUGUUUAUAAGUUUGGAGGUUAUUUGAGUCGCAGUGCAACAACAAUCAGUGAUUAUAAAAUUCAAUGGACUCGGCCACAACGAAUUUCUUUCGCAGAUCCUAAACAAACUGGUGAUUUGGGACUAGACAUAACUGUAAAACCCAAUGAAAUUAAACUUUAUUAUCAAAAUUCAAAGGAAUGGGAAGAGUGAGUAAGACUCAUAUUUUUAUUACUCAAAGGGAAAAUGAGUAAACAUAUAUGUUAUAUUUUGCCUUAAUCAAAUAAAUUAAAUAUUUCAGUUGCUGCAAUGACUAGUGAAAUACAUGAUCUUCAAAAAUAUAUGCAAGAACAUCAGAGAAACAAAAAGGCCAAAGUAUUUUUAAAAGAGUUGAUAGAUAAAAGAAAGAAGUACCUCAGACUACUGCGUACAUGGGAUUAUAGACGAUUCGAAUGGAUCCUUGAACGUCUAAAUCUUAUUUAUAAAGCAGAACCAGAAAAAAGUGGCAUGGUAUCAAGGAAAGACUCAUUAAGAAAAGUAACACAAAAUUAUUGUGACAAUAUUAUUGAAAAGAAACUAAAUGAGUAUAAAACUGAAUUAAAAGAACAACAAAAGUUAUUUUACCUUGAAAAAGCUGAAAAAUUAGAAUUUAUUUUAAAAGAAGAAGAAGAAUGUGGUAUGACACCGACGGUAACAGAAGAAGAAAUUCAAACUGCACGGAAGAAAGCACAAGAACUAAUGGAGUAG